CCUUGCAUUGUUUUUGACUGGGCAACCAUAAGAAGAAGGGCCUUAUUAGUAUUACUGGCUAUAUCCUUCUUCUCUCUCGCGCCCAAUUCGCCUCCUCUUUCGUCUUCUCCAAUUCUCAAUUUUUCAUUUUUUUUUUAAUUAUUUUCCCUUUCUCUUCUCUUCCUCGAUUUUUCUUUUUCUUUUUUUCUCUCUUAAUUUCUGUUUAUCUGUUGCAAUCAAAAUCGAACCAGGCCGAUCCAUUUUUUUAUUUAUUUCAAAGGUGUGUAAAUAGUUCGGAUGAAUUUUUUUAAGUCCUUCUAAUGGAAGAAGAGGAAGAAAAGAAGGAAACCAAAGAAUUAUCUAUGGAGGACUCAGAGAUCCCUCAAGUAGUUAGUAUUGUAGAGGAUAGUUUAGGAACAUCUCAUCUAGAAAAUGUAAAUUCCAGUGCUGGCAGUGAUGUGGAGAUACAAAAUAAUAGUAAUAAAGAUAAUAAUAAUGUAACUACAGUUAUGGAUGAAGAACAGUUUGAACAGGUAUCUUUGAAAGAUCAAGAAAAGGCUGCUGGUGUGUUGGUGCCGGCUGAUAACGUGGACUUGAACCGAUCAUCCUAUUCAGAGAAUGAGAGGCAAUCAUUUGAUAAAUUUGAAGAUGCCUCUCAGAAUUUGCCUUUGAAUUUUGGAGCCGAGCAUGAUUCUCCUCCAAUGUCUGAAAUUCGGCAUGAUCGCUCUGUAUCAAGCCCUGGUCCUGAUAGACAAUUUGGUUCUACAAUUAAACCAUCAUAUUCAUCAACCAGUCUAAAUUCUGCUUACUUUGAAGAUGUUGGAUUCUCUCCCAUGGGUUCACCACAGAAGUCUAAGCCAAAAGCUGUUGUGCCAAAUGUGUCUCCAGAGUUAUUGCAUUUAGUGGAUUCUGCUAUUAUGGGAAAACCUGAAAGCUUGGACAAGCUGAAGAACAUUGUCAGUGGAGUUGAGCAUUUUGAAAAUGGGGAGGAAGCUGAGACCAUCGCUUACUUGGUUGUUGAUUCACUUCUGGCCACAAUGGGUGGAGUUGAAAGUUUUGAAGAUGAAGAUAACAAUCCUCCUAGUGUGAUGCUGAACUCUCGGGCUGCUAUUGUGGCAGGUGAGCUCAUUCCGUGGCUUCCUUGGGUGGGGGAUAGCGAGAUUUACUUGUCACCUAGGACACGGAUGGUAAAGGGAUUACGUGCUAUAUUGCGAGCAUGCACAAGAAAUAGAGCAAUGUGCUCUAUGGCUGGUCUGUUAGGAGUUCUUUUAGGGUCAGCAGAGAAGAUCUUUGUUCAGGAUUUUGAUUCAACAGCGCAGGUGAGAUGGGAUGGUACUCCCUUAUGCCAGUGCAUCCAACACUUGGCAGGCCAUUCACUUAAUGUCAUUGAUUUGCACAGAUGGUUCCAAGUUAUUACAAGAACACUUACCACUGCAUGGGCACCUCGCUUAAUGCAUGCCCUGGAGAAGGCAAUGGGUGGAAAGGAGUCAAAGGGACCUGCUUGUACUUUUGAGUUUGAUGGUGAAAGCUCUGGUUUGCUUGGUCCAGGAGAGAGCCGCUGGCCAUUUACCAAUGGAUAUGCAUUUGCAACGUGGAUCUAUAUUGAAUCAUUUGCAGACACAUUGAAUACUGCUACUGCUGCUGCAGCAAUUGCUGCUGCUGCAGCAGCUAAGUCAGGGAAAUCAUCUGCUAUGUCAGCUGCAGCUGCUGCCAGUGCACUUGCUGGUGAAGGCACUGCUCACAUGCCACGACUUUUUAGUUUCUUAUCUGCUGAUAACCAGGGGGUAGAGGCUUACUUUCAUGCACAGUUUUUGGUUGUUGAAAGCGGUAGCGGAAAAGGCAAGAAAGCUUCUUUGCAUUUUACCCAUGCAUUUAAGCCACAAUGCUGGUAUUUUAUUGGUUUGGAGCACAUUUGCAAGCAAGGACUACUUGGGAAAGCAGAGAGUGAGCUGCGAUUGUAUAUUGACGGAUCAUUGUAUGAAACUCGCCCUUUUGAGUUUCCUAGGAUCUCCAAGCCACUUUCUUUUUGCUGCAUUGGAACAAACCCCCCUCCUACAAUGGCUGGUUUACAACGUAGACGUCGUCAGUGCCCUCUGUUUGCUGAGAUGGGGCCUGUUUAUAUCUUUAAGGAGCCAAUUGGCCCAGAAAAGAUGGCACGCUUAGCUUCUAGAGGUGGGGAUGUGCUGCCUACUUUUGGCAAUGGCGCAGGACUUCCUUGGCUAGCAACAAAUGAUCAUGUGCGAACUAUGGCAGAGGAAAGUUCUCUUUUGGAUGCAGAGAUUGGAGGGGGCAUUCACCUUCUAUAUCAUCCAAGUUUGCUCAGUGGACGUUUCUGUCCAGAUGCUUCCCCUUCAGGUGCUGCAGGCAUGCUGCGACGACCAGCUGAGGUUCUUGGGCAAGUCCAUGUUGCAAUGCGAAUGCGACCUGUGGAGGCUCUGUGGGCCCUGGCCUAUGGAGGUCCUAUGUCCAUACUUCCUAUUGCAAUUAGCAAUGUACAAAAAGAUAGUCUGGAACCCGAACAAGGAAGUGAUUCAUUGUCUUUAGCCACAGCUACUCUAGCCGCCCCAGUAUUCCGAAUUAUUUCCAUAGCAAUUCAACACCCCAGAAAUAAUGAAGAAUUGUGUAGAACCAGAGGGCCUGAGAUUCUUUCUAAAAUUUUGAAGUAUCUUCUCCAAACUUUGUCUUCAUUGGAUAGAGGAAAGCAUAAUGGUGUAGGAGAUGAGGAACUUGUUGCAUCUGUCGUCUCCUUGUGCCAAUCGCAGAAGUUUAAUCAUACACUGAAAGUGCAGCUCUUCAGUACAUUGUUGUUGGAUCUCAAAAUUUGGAGCUUAUGCAACUAUGGACUGCAAAAGAAGCUUCUAUCAUCAUUAGCAGACAUGGUUUUCUCGGAGUCAUCAGUAAUGCGAGAUGCCAAUGCUAUUCAGAUGCUUCUUGAUGGAUGCAGAAGAUGCUAUUGGACAAUUCGUGAAAAGGACUCCGUGAGUACAUUCUCACUGGAUGAGGCAACACGUCCUGUGGGUGAAUUGAAUGCUCUAGUUGAUGAACUCUUGGUGAUCAUUGAACUUCUAAUAGGAGCAGCAUCUCCAUCAAUGGUUGCGGAUGAUCUCCGGUGUCUACUUGGCUUUAUUGUUGACUGUCCUCAAUCCAAUCAGAUUGCCCGGGUGUUGCAUCUGAUUUACAGGCUUGUAGUACAGCCAAAUUCAGCAAGGGCUAAUACAUUUGCAGAGGCAUUUGUAACCUGUGGUGGGAUAGAAACACUUCUUGUUCUGCUGCAGCGAGAAGCUAAAGCUGGUGAUCAUAGUAUUUCAGAAUCAAUGACAAAGAGUAAUGAUAGUUUAUCUAUUGAGGAAAGUGAGCUAGAUGCGAGCAAUGAAGUUCCAGAAAAACAUCCGAACAAUGAAGUAAAGGAUUUUACUUCAUAUGAGAAAGAUUUUGAAUCUGAACCAUCUGAUACAGCUGGCAGCCCUGCUGCUUCUUCCGCUAGUUUGAGAAUUGAAAGGGUGUCAUCUGUUUCUGAAAAUCCAUUUGUUAAAAAUGUUGGUGGUAUCAGUCUUUCAAUUAGUGUUGAUAAUGCAAGAAAUAAUGUUUACAAUGAUGAUAAAAGCGAUGGUAUUGUUGUGGCAAUUAUUGGGCUACUGGGUGCUCUAGUGACAUGUGGUCAUUUGAAAUUUGGUUCAUGUGCACCCUCAGAUACAACAAGCUACCUUUUGGGUGGGGCACUGCAUGAAGGGGGUGGUUCAAUGUUUGAUGAUAAAGUUUCUCUUCUACUUUUCGCGUUGCAGAAGGCUUUCCAAGCAGCACCAAAUAGGCUUAUGACUACCAAUGUCUAUACAGCUUUAUUGGCAGCUUCGAUCAAUGCUUCUUCAGCAGAGGAUGGGCUGAACUUCUAUGAUUCCGGUCAUCGCUUUGAACACUUACAGCUUCUGUUGGUUCUUCUGCGCUCGCUGCCUUAUGCAUCUAGGGCUUUGCAAAGUCGAGCAUUGCAGGAUCUUCUGUUUUUGGCUUGCAGUCAUCCAGAAAACAGAAACAGUCUAACAAAAAUGGAGGAAUGGCCUGAGUGGAUUCUGGAGGUUUUAAUCUCCAAUUAUGAGAUGGGCGCUAUGAAAAAUUCAAGUUUGGCAAGCUUAGGGGACAUUGAGGAUCUCGUACAUAACUUCUUGAUUAUAAUGUUAGAGCAUUCAAUGCGCCAGAAGGAUGGCUGGAAGGAUAUUGAAGCAGCAAUUCAUUGUGCAGAAUGGCUUUCUAUUGUUGGGGGAUCUAGCACGGGAGACCAACGAGUUAGACGUGAAGAAUCACUGCCUAUAUUCAAGCGAAGGCUUUUGGGUGGGUUGUUGGAUUUUGCUGCAAGAGAGUUGCAGGUUCAGACUCAAGUUAUUGCUGCAGCAGCUGCUGGUGUUGCGGCUGAGGGUUUAUCACCAAAAGAGGCUAAGGCAGAAGCAGAGAAUGCUGCACAUCUUUCUGUGGCAUUGGUUGAAAAUGCUAUAGUCAUUUUAAUGCUUGUUGAAGAUCAUUUGCGGUUACAAAGCAAGCUCUCUUGUGCAUCACGUGUUGUUGACAGUUCCCCAUCUCCACUCUCCCUUGUAUCUCCCUUGAAUAAUCGCCCAAGUUCAUUGGCAUCAGCUGAUCGGGAUUCUUUUGAAGCCCUAGGUGAUCGCAAAUCCAGUGACUCUGGAGGACUUCCUCUUGAUGUCCUUGCUUCAAUGGCUGAUGCAAAUGGGCAAAUUUCAGCUUCUGUGAUGGAACGUCUUACAGCAGCAGCAGCAGCGGAGCCUUACGAAUCUGUUUAUUGUGCUUUCGUGUCAUAUGGGAGCAUUGCCAUGGAUUUGUCUGAGGGCUGGAAAUACAGGAGCAGAUUGUGGUAUGGUGUUGGCUUUCCUUCCAAAACAGCUGUCUUUGGUGGUGGCGGCAGUGGCUGGGAAUCUUGGAGGUCUGCUUUGGAAAAAGAUGCAAACGGAAACUGGAUUGAACUUCCUUUAGUAAAGAAGUCAGUUUCCAUGCUCCAAGCUUUAUUAUUGGAUGAGUCUGGACUUGGUGGUGGCCUUGGUAUAGGUGGAGGAUCAGGUACUGGAAUGGGUGGAAUGGCGUUGCUAUACCAGUUAUUGGACAGUGAUCAACCAUUCUUAUGUAUGCUCCGAAUGGUGCUCCUAUCAAUGAGGGAGGAAGAUGAUGGGGAAACCAGUAUGCUUUUGAGAAACAAAGAGGAUAGGUUGUCAGAAGGAAUUGCAUCUUCAGAAAAUAACUCUCGAAUGUCAAUGAGACAACCGCGAUCAGCCUUGUUGUGGAGUGUACUUUCACCUGUUUUAAACAUGCCUAUUUCUGAUUCAAAGAGACAGAGAGUCUUGGUUGCAUCUUGUGUUCUGUUUUCUGAGGUAUGGCAUGCUGUUGGCAGAUAUAGAAAGCCUCUUCGGAAACAGUACCUGGAGGCUAUUUUGCCUCCAUUUGUUGCAGUAUUGCGGAGGUGGCGGCCACUUCUGGCUGGAAUUCAUGAGCUUGCUACUGCUGAUGGUUUAAAUCCUCUUAUCGUUGAUGAUCGUGCAUUAGCUGCUGAUGCACUCCCUAUAGAGGCUGCUCUCUCCAUGAUCUCUCCUGCUUGGGCAGCUGCAUUUGCAUCACCACCUGCUGCUAUGGCAUUGGCAAUGAUUGCUGCUGGUGCAGCAGGGGGGGAAGCCCCAGUUCCUGCAACAACCGCACAGCUUAGGCGCGACUCCUCCUUGCUGGAGCGGAAAUCAACUAGGCUACACACCUUUUCAAGCUUUCAAAAACCGCUGGAGGUAACUAACAAAAUACCAGCUCUUCCGAAGGAUAAGGCUGCAGCAAAAGCUGCUGCAUUGGCAGCGGCACGUGAUCUUGAGCGUAAUGCGAAGAUUGGUUCUGGAAGGGGUCUUAGUGCAGUUGCAAUGGCCACAUCUGCACAGCGAAGAAAUGCCAGUGAUAUGGAGCGAGUGAGAAGAUGGAAUACUACUGAAGCAAUGGGAGUUGCCUGGAUGGAAUGUAUGCAACCAUUUGACACAAGAUCAGUCUACGGGAAAGAUUUCAAUGCUCUAUCUUACAAAUUUGUUGCGGUCCUUGUUGCGAGUUUUGCUUUAGCUAGAAACAUGCAGCGAUCAGAGGUUGAUAGGCGGGCUCAAGUUGAUGUGAUUGCUCAACAUCAUUUAUCUAGUGGGAUUCGUGAAUGGCGCAAACUUAUCCAUUGCUUGAUAGAGAUGAAUAGCCUUUUUGGGCCACUUGGGGACCUUCUGUGCAGUCCUGAACGUGUCUUCUGGAAGCUAGACUUUAUGGAAAGUUCUUCAAGGAUGAGAAGAUGUUUGAGAAGGAAUUAUAGGGGGUCUGAUCAUUUUGGUGCUGCUGCUAAUUAUGAGGAUACAAUUGAGAGGAAGCAUGAUCAGGGGAAAGUUCCUGUUCUGGCAGCAGAAGCAAUCUCGAUGGAGGGAAUAAAUGAAGACGAUGAACAUUCAGAAAUUGAUAAUUUAGAUGGUAGAGCCUACGACACAGAACAGGGUGGGGAGAAUCAGCCUAGACCAUCAGGAACAACUCAGGAAAACCUGCAGCAGUCUGCAGAGUCUAUUGAUGCUCAACUUGUUGGUGACCAAGACUUAGAAAGUUCACCAGCAGUUGCACCAGGAUAUGUUCCUAGUGACCUUGAUGAAAGAAUUGUUCUUGAGCUUCCAUCAUCUAUGGUCCGGCCACUGAGGGUUAUACGAGGAACUUUUCAGGUAACAACUAGGAGAAUAAAUUUCAUAGUUGAUGCAACUGAAAACACUGUUAUGGAUGGAACGGAAUCUUCUGAAUCUAGAAACCAAGAAAAGGAUCGCAGCUGGUUGAUGUCUUCCCUCCAUCAAAUUUAUAGCCGAAGAUAUCUCCUAAGAAGAAGUGCUCUGGAACUUUUUAUGGUUGAUCGGUCAAACUACUUCUUUGACUUUGCGAGUACCGAGGGGAGAAGAAAUGCUUAUCGAGCUAUUGUUCAAUUACGUCCUCCUCACUUGAACAAUAUUUAUCUGGCAACCCAGAGACCUGAGCAGCUUCUCAAGAGAACUCAACUCAUGGAGCGCUGGGCUAGGUGGGAGAUCAGCAAUUUUGAAUACCUUAUGCAGCUCAAUACUCUGGCCGGGCGUAGUUAUAAUGACAUAACUCAGUAUCCUGUUUUCCCUUGGAUUCUUUCUGAUUACAAUUCAAAGAGUUUGGAUCUUUCUAAUCCUUCUUCUUACCGAGAUCUUUCAAAGCCUGUUGGUGCAUUGAAUCCUGAUCGGCUAAAAAAAUUUCAAGAGAGAUAUUCUAGCUUUGAUGAUCCAGUCAUCCCAAAGUUCCAUUAUGGUUCUCAUUACUCAAGUGCUGGGACAGUAUUAUAUUAUCUUGUUAGAGUUGAACCAUUUACAACUCUUUCAAUUCAACUGCAAGGUGGAAAAUUUGAUCAUGCAGAUCGUAUGUUUUCCGAUAUUGCUGCUACUUGGAAUGGAGUUCUUGAGGACAUGAGUGAUUUGAAGGAACUGGUUCCCGAGUUGUUUUUCCUCCCAGAGAUCUUAACCAAUGAAAAUUUAAUUGACUUUGGUACGACACAGAUAGGGGGAAGACUCGAUUCUGUAAAUCUUCCUCCAUGGGCGGAAAACCCGGUUGAUUUCAUACAUAAGCAUCGGAUGGCUCUUGAGAGCGAGCAUGUGUCUGCACAUUUGCAUGAAUGGAUUGAUCUCAUAUUUGGCUAUAAGCAACGCGGUAAAGAAGCUAUACUGGCAAAUAAUGUUUUCUUUUACAUUACCUAUGAAGGGACGGUCGAUAUUGAUAAGAUUUCGGAUACAGUACAACAGCGUGCUACCCAAGACCAGAUUGCUUACUUUGGACAAACCCCAUCCCAGCUCCUGACUGUUCCUCACUUGAAGAGGAUGCCAUUAGCAGAUGUUCUUCACUUGCAGACUAUCUUUCGGAAUCCAAAAGAAGUCAAGCCAUAUCCUAUUCCCUCCCCUGAACGUUGCAAUCUACCUGCUGCUGCCAUCCAUGCAUCUUCAGAUACUGUUAUAAUUGCUGAUAUAAAUGCACCAGCAGCACAUGUAGCCCAUCACAAGUGGCAACCCAGCACCCCGGAUGGUCAGGGUGCACCUUUUCUUUUUCAACAUGGAAAAGCCUCGGCAAGUUCUGCCAGUGGAACAUUUAUGCGCAUGUUCAAAGGCCCAGCUGGAUCAGGUCCUGAUGAGUGGCAAUUUCCGCAGGCACUUGCAUUUGCUUCGUCGGGAAUCAGAAGUACAGCUGUUGUUUCCAUCACAUGUGAUAAAGAAAUCAUCACUGGUGGGCAUGUGGAUAAUAGUAUAAAGCUAGUGUCAUUAGAUGGUGCAAAAACCUUAGAAACAGCUAUUGGACACUCUGCUCCUGUCACUUGUCUUGCUCUUUCCCCAGAUAGCAACUAUCUGGUCACAGGAUCACGGGACACUACUGUAUUGCUCUGGAAGAUACAUAGGGCAUUUACUUCGCGCUCAAGCAGCAUGUCAGAGCCUUCCACAGGCACAGGCACACCUUCAACCAGUAGUACCCUGGCAAACAUCUUGGCAGACAAAAGCAGGAGGCGUCGUAUUGAAGGUCCUAUACAUGUCCUACGAGGUCAUCACAGAGAAAUUCUGUGCUGUUGUGUCAGUUCAGACCUUGGAAUUGCUGUUUCUGGCUCCCUUUCCUCUGAUGUCUUAUUGCAUUCCAUAAGAAGGGGUCGCUUGAUCAGGAGGCUGGUUGGUGUGGAGGCCCAUGCUGUUAGCAUUUCUUCCGAGGGGGUGGUCAUGACUUGGGACAAAUCUCAAAAUACUCUAAGCACUUUUACUCUUAAUGGGGUACCGAUUGCUAGAGCACAACUUCCUUUCUCAGGCAGCAUCAGCUGCAUUGAAAUUUCUGUUGAUGGGAAGAAUGCUUUGGUUGGAAUUAACUCUUGUUCGGAAAAUGAUAGAACCUGCAAUACAAAUAUGGAUUUUAGUUUAAAGGAACCAGGUGGUGGGGAUUGUGGUCUGGAACCAGAGAAAAGUGGGGCAAAGAACAAUUUGGAUGUACCUAUCCCCUCAGUUUGUUUCCUGGAUCUGCAUAGAUUGAAGGUAUUUCAUGUUUUGAGGCUCGGAGAGGGCCAGGACAUCACAGCUCUGGCCUUGAACAAUGAUAACACAAAUCUCUUGGUGUCAACUGCUGAUAAACAAUUGAUAAUCUUUACUGAUCCAGCUUUGAGCUUGAAAGUUGUAGAUCACAUGCUUAAGCUUGGUUGGGAAGGAGAAGGGCUGAGCCCCCUUAUAAAGUAGUAGAUUUAGGCCAUUCAGUUUUGCUUUCUUAUUAGUUGAAGAAGGAUUAGAAAAGAUACGCAAUACCAUUAGGAUACCACUAGAAUGUAUACAUUGGGAUGGGUUGCUCCAGUGCAGAUACCAAGUCUAUGCAUGACUUACAGUUCGUAGCUGUGGUCGUGUGGGUGUAACAUAUGUAUUUGAUCAGUGGACCAAUCCUCAGUUCCUUGUUCCGCUGGGUGGUUCCCUUAUUUUUGAUUCAGUUGAGUUGAAGUUUUGCUGCGAUCGUGACUGGUGAUGCAAGUCUCCGCAGCUUGAGCUCUCCAUUUUUGUCCGUAUCAUUUUGCCUAAGCUUUUUGAUAUAGUGAUUGAAAAAUGCUGGAGUUAUUCCAUUGUGUAUGAUUUUGUAUAUGUAGCUAUUCCUUGGCGUAUAAAAUCGAUGUUCAGAAACA